UUUAGAAAGCAAAGAGCAUGAUGUGUUUUGUUAUCUUCUGUUUAUAAAUAUUAUUAUUUAUUUUGAUAAAUAAUUUUUAAAAAAAUAAAUAAUGUCAGAAAGUGAGGUUGAUGGUGGAGCAGGUUGCAUAAGUGAAGUGACACUUGCAAUAAGUAAAGCCAGAAAUUCCAAUCAAACUAGUUCACGAAGAGGCUUAGAUAGUCCAGACUCUGAUGAAUCUGGACGUUCACAAUCAUUUACAGUACAGAGUUAUGAUUAUAAUGAGACAAAUACAAGUACAAAUAAUAAUAUAAAUAAUUCUAAUUUGGAAAAUAAUGCUGUGCCAGAUUUAUUUAAUUGUGAACAACUUAGAAUACCAAUUGUUGGAUAUGAAGUUAUGGAAGAGAGAGCAAGAUUUACGGUUUAUAAACUUAGAGUUGAAAUAAAAACUGGUGAAUGUUGGUUUGUUUUUAGAAGGUAUACUGAUUUUAGUAGACUAUUGUCACAAUUAAAAAGACAAAAAUUAUCUAUAUCAAAUUUAUUAUUACCAAGAAAAAAAUGGAUUGGUGAUAAUUUUGCACCAAGUUUUCUUGAAGAUAGAAUUCGUGGGCUUCAAAAAUUUGUCAAUGAUAUUUUAUCAAGUCCAAUUUUAAUUAGUAAUACAAGUGUACGAGAAUUUUUUUGUCUCAAUGAACCACCAGCUUUAUCUGAUACAGCUGAAGAAGCUAGAGCAAUUUUUGAAGCAUUGGAGGAUACAAUUUAUCAUUUAAGACAACAGUUAAGAGAAAAAGAUGCUGAAUUAAUAGCUGAAAAAAAAAUAACAAAUGAACUUCGAAUUAAAGUGGAGCAGUUAUUAAAAGAAAUGCAGCGAUGUCAAACUGAUGAAAAAGAAAAUUUCUCAGUCAAACUAUAGGUAGAACAUUAUUAAUAUAUACCUAUAAUUACGUAAACAAAAUUAUUUUUUAUUACAAUUUUAUAAUCACUUGUACAAUGUAAGUUGUGCAUAUUUUUAUAAUUAUAUUUAUGAGCUGGUAGCUAACAUUUAUUAAGAUUUUCUCGAGGAAAAGUAAAAAAAAUUAUUUUUGUUUUUUUUUUUUUUCGAUGGUUGAAUAUAAAAAAGUAAUAAGAUCUUAUACGGGUCUUAUGUUUUAUUGUGUUUUAACAAGUACUUCUAACCUUUGUUGUGUAAGUAUUUAAAAAAAUUUAUUCGAUAUGGCACGUACUUGGUUGAAUAAUAAGUAUCA